AUGGCCCGUCUUCAGAUUCCUCUUGACGCCUUGACGUCGCGCUUCAACCUCUCAGACAGGUUCGCUGGAGUCCGCUCCCAGUCCCUCGCAACCCGCUUCUCCAAUCUCAGACCACUUUCGGAGUUCUUCGAUAUCAAGCGGGUUUCCAAGCCAGCCAACUUCAGCGAGGUCCAGAGCCGUGUCAAUUACAAUUUGAGCUACUUCUCCAGCAAUUACACUGUCGUCUUUGUCAUGCUUAGCAUUUACAGCCUGCUCACGAACCUCAUCCUUCUCUUCGUCAUUCUCCUGGCUAUUGGCGGCUCCUAUGGGAUUGGCAAGCUGGAGGGACGCGACCUGGAAAUCGGUGGCUUCCAUGGUCGGCCGCGAACUCCUUACGAUUCGCCCCUCUGGGGAAGACCAUCGGGGGUGCGAGUGCGGAGAUCGAGCAAGGAGGGUUGGCCGAAGCAGCUGGAGGAGUCUGUUCAGAUAGAGCAGCUGGGUAUGGUCGACUAUGGUGAUAACGACGACGACGACGGCGAUGACAACCAAGGUGUGCGAUUAGGUCCGCCGUUCGACCACAACAUACGGGCUCUGCGCCCUGACUAUAAUUCUAGCGUGCGCCUCAAAGGAUAUCAUGGCGUCGAUGAUGAUGAGUUGUACGGGGAGGAUUCCUCGAGUGAUGACGAAGACGAAGACGAGCAUGGCCUUAUUGGCAGCGACCCUAAUAGUACAAUGGCUUAUGCUAUGCAGCUGGCUCGCCGGGAUAAGCAGGCGAGGCUUGUCGAACGGGCUCUAGCGAAAAUACGUCGAGCGCAAAUACAAGGGCUAUCAAAGGUCAAGCUUUCGCAGCGGGAACUUGAUGCUUUGGAGCAGAGGAGGCAGCAGGAUGCCACGGUCGAAGAUUCGAAACCCAAAGAAAGCAAUCGGCAGCCUGCCAUUGAUAGCAAGCCUGUAGUUUCGGACAAACGAAUACCGGGCGGGUACGCUUCUUCCACGGGGUCUCCCAGACGCCACUCACCGACCCCUGGCAAACCAUCGAGCCCUUCCUCACAGAAGUCCCGUUCGCGAGUGCCCUCGAUAAAGCCAACCAGGAUGUCGCAGCGCCCGGACACAUCGCCCCGCAACAAGCCUCAACAGAUCUAUCCACAUGCCCUUCCAUAUUCCGUCCCGGAAGACCCGACUGCUCGGCCAGGUUCCUCUCCGUAUCAACCAAACAAGCGCCCCGGAUCCGGUUCGAGCAGCCAUUCAGCAUACCCAACGCACUACCACCACCCGCCAUACUAUACGUAUCCAAUGCCUGCUACUGAUCCACGCUACGCCUAUUCUACACACCCGCCCCGAAACGCCCCACCACCAGCUAUGGACGCGACAUACCAGCCCGUCUACCGCGCCAUGUCUGGCGACUCGUACAUGAUAAACCACUCAUCCUCCGACCCUUUCGUUGUGCAGCAUGCCUCGCGCCUCUGCGAGUCCCCCCCUUCCAUGCGCAGAAGCAGCGAGAGCAGCAGCAGCGGCGACAACGGUGUGCACAUCGCGGUUGAGAACCCUAGUGUGCCAGCGGGGUACGCGGCGAAAGGGACGACUGGUGAUGGUUCUGGCGGUGCUGGUGGCAUCCACGGGCGUAUACGCCGUCGAAAGCGUCGUCAUUAG